UGCGUAGUUGGGGUAGGGAUAGCGCAGCGAGCUUGACUUCAGCCGCACCAAUUGAAGUGUCCAUGCAGGAGCGGUGUGGACUUGGACUGGCCACCCGGAGAUGGUCUAAACAAAUGCGCUUUCGCCUCUCACCCAGCUCCAAGACGGCGUGCCACCAUGUUGACAAGGCUAUUCAGCGAGGUUCUGCCGGAUGUCCAGAAGCUCUCGGGUUGGGUGGAGAACAGCGAGGGCGAGGACUCCAAAACCAAGGAGGCAGACAUGGGUCCCGUGCAAGACGACGACUUGGAUGACGGCCACGCCAGAGAGGGAAGCAGCCGGGAUCAGUCCGAGAUGGCUGGGGAUGACGUCGACGAUGAGGACUGUGGUGAUGAGAACGAGGGGGAAGACACAGCCGAAAAGCCCGGGCCAAAGAAACGCAAGAUGACGCCAGCACGAAUUGAGCGCUCCAAGAUGCGACGUCAAAAAGCCAACGCACGAGAGAGAACGCGUAUGCACGAUUUGAACUCUGCGCUGGACAAUUUGCGCAAAGUAGUCCCCUGUUAUUCCAAAACGCAAAAGCUCUCAAAGAUAGAGACGCUGAGACUGGCCAAGAAUUACAUUUGGGCGCUCGGGGAGAUCUUGCGCAAUGGGAAAAGGCCAGAUGUAGUAUCCUACGUGCAGACACUGUGCAAGGGCCUGUCCCAGCCCACCACAAAUCUAGUAGCUGGUUGUCUGCAGCUAAACUCUCGGAACUUCUUGACAGAGCAGUGUCCUGACGGGGCCCGGUUCCAUGUCCCCAACUCCUCUUUCUCCGUGCACCCUUACUCCUACCAGUGUCCCCGUCUGUCUAGCCCUCAGUGCCAACCCGGCUCCAGUCGGCAUAUGAGGACCCAUAACUACGGCUACGGCGACGCGGUCUACCCAGGGACAAUCUCCCCAGAGUACGACAGCCCAGACUAUGGGGGCCAUCACAGCUCGCCUGUGUGCGUCAACGGCAACUUUUCCGUGAGUCAACAGGAGUGUGGGUCGCCGGACACAGACAUGAACUAUCACUAUGCUAUGCACUACUCUGGACUGUCUGCUUCGCGCGCUACUGCUGUCCACGGACUAGCGUUCGGCACAUCGGGAGCGCGCAGCGGUUCCGCGCACUCUGAAAACGUGCCGCCGCCAUUUCAUGACAUGCACUUAUUACACCAUGACAGGACGCCCGUGUACGAGGAUCUUAACGUCCUUUACCACAACUGAAUUCACCAAAACCCUAACAACCCACCGGACCCCUAAAUACCCAACUAAAAAUCGUAACGUUAGGCUAUAAUAGCCUAUCCAUUUUGACACUGGAUGCGGUUUUUAGAAAACGGAAGGUGUGGUGGCAGGAAUUGAGAGAGAAAUACCAAUAUUCUCAAUGUUGGUUCUCUGUUUUAUUGAUGUCGUUCCUGAAUUGUCGUUAUGCACAUUUGAAGUUAAGUGGUGGAGAGUUUAGGUGCUGUAAUAGAGAAAUGUAGCAACCUCCACAAACAGGUAAGGCACACACAAACAGCGAGAGUGUCAUGAAUGCUCAUGUUUUUUAUGUUGUGUUUGUGUCUAAUUUAUGUAUUUAAGGCUGGUAUAUUGGGGCAGCCUGUUCUGUCCUCUGUAUUUCAGACGAAAUCAAGACGAUGUGUAAGGCCCUCUAUGGAUCUACAAAAAGGUAUCCCAAUACCCGCCAUAACAUGGGUGUGUGUACACUCUUUCAAAAGUACUCCUCGUUGAGAGACCAGACAUUGAAGGGAUGUAUAAGAAUUCUUCAAAUUUACUCCUCAUAUUAAUUCACACACUAAAACUUUUUACACCACUGUGCCUACGCAGACCAUGAUGCUGGCUUGGAUAUUUUGUUCUUACAUUGUUUAUUCCGUCACAUUUUCAGCAGCUUAACAAGACCAUCAUCACUGUAAAAAAUGACCCACGGGCUUAGUAAAUAUUGCAAAAGAAAAUCAAUGAUUUUGACUUCAAAUAAAAGGUUUCUGGUUUUACUUCA